UAUUCACAUAGAUGACACUUGUGAUCCUUGAUUUUUAAAUGAACAGUUUUCACAUGAAUUAUGAGGUGUCUUUUCAUAUGUGCAGCAUAUUCACAAAAGUCACACUUGUAGUUUUUAACCUUUAAGUGAACAGCCUCUAUAUGUAUUCGAAGAGUUCUUUUUGUAGUAGCGGCAUAUUCACAUAAAUGACACUUAUGGUUCCUGAUUUUUUAAUGUACAUGAUCGACAUGCUUUUUCAGAUUUUCUUUCCAAUCAGUAAAGUACCCACAUAAUUGGCACUCGUGUUUUUUUGUAUCAAAGUGUACACAUUUCACAUGACUUUGCAGGUCACUUUUAGUACUUGCGAUGUGUUCACACAAUGAGCACUUAUGAUGAGCAGAUGAUAACUGAUUUUCCUCGACUUUGGUAAAUGAACAGUUUGAGUUAGUUUCCUCAUUCUUGAUAAUAUAUUCCUCUCUUUCGUAAACCCCCGUUCCAUCCAUAAAUUGUUGAACAACUUCUAUAAUUCCUAAUUUAAAGAAAACAGAAAGAUAAUUUAAAUGAUAAAUAUUAAUCAUAAUCAUAUUCAAUUGCAAUCAUCUCGAACAUGUUGACACGUUUUGUUUGUGCUCCGUGAUUUAUCGAUUUAUUCACUGUGAUAAACCGUAAGACAAAUCCAUAUUUUGCCUUUGCAAUUCAAAAUUUUUCAUAUUUUUGAUCCAACAGAAUUUGUGUUCAUUUCUUCAUAGCACAUAUGUGAUUUGUUAAUAUUGCUUCUCAUUUGAAUUCCAUCGUUGAUUUCGCAUCCUUGUUACCUCGCUUUUUAGAUGAUUUACAUCCGAUGCUCUGCAUAUGUUUCAGCCUCUGGUGAAGCCGACCUAACUAUAAAAUACAAUAAAGGAAUUCCUAGAAUAGUUGAGAUACCGACCGCAAAAAACUGAAAUCUAACUUGAUAAUCUGGCCACUUAUUUAUACGAAUCUUGCCUCACUGAAUUUCAAAUCGAUGAUUUAUCUCUCCUUGUUUGUGAUCGUGAACCUGUCCUUGUUUUUCUUGCUGAGACCUGGCUUCAAGCAGUUUGCGUUAACGGGUUAUACAAUGUAUCGCUGCGACAGUGUAACAACUCCUGGCCAUGCUGGUGUUUGUGUUUAUGUUCGUGAUGAUGUAGUUAAUUCGUACCGUAUUUCUCAUUACUCAAUACCUACCCCUGGUAUCGAUAACCUGUUUUUCGAUGUGAGGUCGGAUGAAUUGGAGCUGUCUUUGGGCUGUAUAUAUCGUCCUAGAAGUUGUGCUCACGACCAAGAACUAUUUAAUCAUUUAGAACAUCUAUCAAAUUCAAGAAAGAACUUGCUGAUAGUUGGCGAUUUUAACUUUGGAGAUAUUCGUGUCUGGCCUAUGAGUCAGCUCCCAUCAAAUGGUUCCCCUUCCUUUCCUUUUGCUGAGAUGUUACAGAGGUCCAGUCUGACUCAGGUCGUGGAUCAGCCCACUCGGUUCAGAAUAAAACAGCAGCCAACGAUACCGGAUCUCCUCCUCACCAAUGACGUGAAUCUUAUCUCUGAUAUUGAGUAUCUUCCCCCGCUGGGAAGGUCAGAUCAUGUGGUGUUGAACACAAGCAUUCAGGUACAGGCGUCCAAGCGCCCAAGAACUGUGAGCAAGGUGAUAACAUCGGUCGAUUACGAGGGGAUGAAUGCUUAGCUUUCUGCUAUCAACUGGAACUCGUUGCUCGAUGUACCUGAUGUUGAGGUAGCCUGGAAUCGAUUUUCUGAGACUCUGACGCAGAUUCUUCAAGCUAACACCCGAGUAAGAAUAGUUAAACAGAGUCCUACUAAGCCAUGGAUCACUAGUAGUUUGUAUAAUGACAUCCGCACAAAGAAGAGUCUCUGGCAGAGAUUCCGUAGGAGUCGUUCGACACAGGACUUUUUGCGCCAUAGAAAAUUCUCCGAGUACCUCUCAGCCGCACUUAAACAAGCCAGAAAGACCUAUGAACAGAAUCUGAUCAAGUCGGAAAAUGGAGCGAAGUUUUUCAAAUAUAUGCGAUCUAAGUUAAACAGCAAAGUCUCGAUCCCUGUAGUCGCUGAUGAACACACAGCACAUGUAUAUCCAUUGAAUGUCCAUUGGACGUACAAAAUGGACAUGACGGACAUCCAUUGUACGUCCAGUUAUGUACAAUGUUUGGUCCAGAAAACGUCCGACCCUCACUGGAUUUAACAUCCUAUGGACGUACAUAUAGGAUGUACAAUGGAUGUACAGACAGGAU